AUGAGCACCACAGCCAAGGCGGCCGAAGUCAUAGUGGCUGGCGAACCACCAGCCGACAAAGGGGAUGCCGAUCACCUAGUGGACCCAACUGAGAAACGAGAGCCGGCAUCGUUUCUGCGAAGGCUCCUCGUUCCUUCACGGAGAACCGACAACCCUGAUGCGAUCGCGACCGUUCGAAGCGUUUUUGAUGAUCCAUUGCUCGCAAAAUAUUACCAGCCACAUCCCGAUUACGAAAACCUUACCCAUUUUGACCCCAGUGCAAGGUGGACUUACCGCGAGGAAAUCGCAGUUCGGCGCAAAACCGAUUGGACGGUCCUUCUGUGGAUCUUGGUGAUGUUCUUCGGGCUGAACCUUGAUCGGGGAAACUUGGCCAAUGCUGCAGCAGAUAAUCUCCUUGAUGAUUUGCAUCUCAGCACGAAUGAUUACAACAAUGCGCAAAACAUGUAUCGCAUCGGCUUCCUCAUCGCCGAAAUCCCGUCUCAGAUGAUCGGCAAAAGACUUGGCCCCGAUCGUUGGAUCCCGAUCCAAAUAAUCUUGUGGAGCUUGGCAUCUGGUGGUCAAUUCUUCAUGCAGAACCGAGCUGGAUUCUUUGCGUGCCGUUUCUUCAUUGGUCUGUUUAUGGGUGGCUUCAUUCCUGAUUCGAUCUUGUACUUGUCUUAUUUCUAUACCAAAUCAGAGAUGCCAUUCCGCCUCGCAUUAUUCUGGUUCGUGGAUUCGAUGUCGGGAGUGAUCGCCUCAUUUAUUGCAUAUGGUGUUCUGCACAUGAGAGGCGUUGCCGGCCGUGAAGGUUGGAGGUGGCUUUUCCUCAUCGAGGCACUUAUCAGCAUUGUGAUCGGCUUCCUUAGCUUCCUCUUCCUCGUCCCCGGCCCCACGCAGACUCAGACUUGGUGGAAUCCGAAGGGGUACUUUUCAGAGAGGGAGGAAAAGAUCAUCGUCAACCGCGUGCUCAGAGAUGACCCAUCCAAGGGAGACAUGCAUAACCGCCAAGGACUUUCGCUGAAGAUGCUCUGGCAGAGUUUGAAAGAUUACGAUCUUUGGCCAAUCUAUGCAAUCGGGAUACUGUUCGAAAUUCCAACCGCGCCACCGAAAACCUAUCUUACGCUCUCGCUGAAGGCCAUUGGCUUCAAUACAUUCCAGACCACCUUGCUAUCGAUCCCAGUGACCGUGUUUGCGUCCAUCAACCUUCUCCUUGUUACGGAGUUAACAGAACGUUUCCAUCAAAUUUCUCUGAUUGGUCUCUUGACCCAGCUAUGGACUCUUCCACUGCUCAUUGUUCUUUACACAUCCGCCGGAACUUUGUCUCAUUGGGGUCUCUACGCGGUGACAUUUGUCUUGCUGGGCUGGCCGUCUCCCCAUGCGGCUCAUGUUGGGUGGUGCUCUCGUUUGAGCAACACAGUUCGAACCCGGACAGUGAGUGCUGCGUUGUACAACAUCACCAUUCAAUUUUCGGGUAUCGCAUCAUCAAAUAUCUAUCGCUCAGACGAUAAGCCCCUUUAUCGACGUGGUAAUAAGCAGCUUAUCGCUAUUAACAUUGCUACUGUUGUGCUGUAUGCUCUCGCAAAAGCGUAUUACGUGCGCAGGAAUCAAUGGAAAAAGGCUCGCUGGGAAAAGCUGAGCCCUGAGGAAAGGGCUACUUAUCUGGAGACAACCACCGACAAAGGAAAUAAGCGACUGGACUUCCUGUUUGAUCAUUAG